GCCCUAGCGGGUCUUACAGCGUAGCGUAGCGUUCGCGACGUAGGCAAAGCUUGCGUCCGCGUGACUUGCAUCUUGGACAUGUUUCCUGGCCGCCAGCUGUUUCGCACGCCCAAGUACCAGUUCCUUGCCCACUGCUGUUUAGGACGGCGCAGCAUGGCCCACCGUCUUCACUUCGACAGGGCGCUCGCGGCGGCAGCAGCAGCAGCAGCAGCAGUAGCACCGAGGCGACAGGGGACAGCCCUGGGGACAGCGGGCGCCGCAGCGGAAGCGGCUGGGUAGGCGGCGGGGGCCAGCGCUGGUGUGUGCCAUAGCCAACGUGAACCACGAAGGGGUCGCAGAAGGUUCACGACUGCUCCUUCACCAACAAGUGCACCAAUUACUGCCCGCUCACCAACAACAAACAGGGCUGCUGGGCCAGCAAGGACGCCACGCCCUGCCAGGUGGAUCGCUCGGUGCUUGGGUUUGCUUGCCACGGUGCGCGUGCAUCUGUGCACUACGCGC